UCGGAGUGAGCUGAAGCCUUUCUCUUCUCUCCUACGGGUACCCCCUGUUGGCUACGGCGCCCCACGGGGGCCCCGAUGAAGCCCCUCGGAGGCGGGCGGCCGGGAGAAGGGAGGCGGAGCCUGCGGCGUGGAGGCGUGUCCAGCGUGCGGAAGUGACGUCGGCGCCGCCAUGUCUUUUGAGGGCCGUGUCGGCGCCGAGCCGGCCAUGCUGGCUACGGGCACGACUCGGAUGGCAUCAGGCCGCCCCGAGGAGCUGUGGGAUGCCGUGGUGGGGGCCGCUGAGCGCUUCCGGGCCCAGACAGGCACAGAGCUGGUGCUGCUGACGGCUGCCGCGCCCCCCCUCCGCCCGGGCCCCUGCACCUUCGAAGCCCAUGGCCGCGGGGCCCUGGCUGAUGCCGCCCGACGCUGUCUCCAUGACAUUGCCCUGGCUCAUGGGGUGGCUGCUGCUGCCCGACCCCCGGUGCCUCCACCAGUGCCCCAGCAGCCUAGCCCACCUCGGAGCCCACCGAGGCCUGCCCUGGCCCGGGAGGAAGACGAGGAGGAGGAAGAGCCUGCAGAGGUGGAGACCUCGGGGGAGAAGAUGGGCUUCAGCGACAACGGGGGGCUUUUUGUGAUGGACGAGGAUAACACUGAGCUCCCAGGAGGGUGCUGGGGUACAGGGCUUGGCUUUGGUUGGGUCUUUGAAUCUGGUAGGACGGUGGCUGGCUGGGGAUACGAGGGAGAAAAUGAAGCGAGGAUCCCUUUUAGGGCUGACUCCGCCCCGUGGCCCCCUUCCCAGUCUUCCUCGCCCGACCUGGACCGCAUCGCAGCGAGCAUGCGCGCACUGGUGCUGCAGGAGUCGGAGGACACCCAGUUGUUUGGGGAUCUGCCGCGUCCAAGGCUCAACACCAGCGACUUCCAGAAGCUGACGCGGAAAUACUGAGGCCUGCCAGGGAGCGGGGGACCAUGGCUCCCCGCCCCACACUACACCCCCGCCCCGCCCCCAGGGCCCACCAAUCCGAGGCAGAGCAGGGAGCGACUUGAGCCCCUCAAGCUUCCCUGGCCUCAGGACUAUCGUCCCUGACUAAUCCCCUUGUGCCAGGGAUGCCCUAAUAGUCCACAGCCCCUCCAGCACCCAGGAGCAGGGGGCCAGGCCAGUCUCUUGAUUGGGUCUCUCCCUUUUUUGUCCAGCGACUGACCUUUCCAUUAACAGAUUGGCUUGCUCCCCGGUCAGGGCCGUGGCUAGUUGUAAACACCUAGGGGUCAACUCUGCGGUUUUCCGCCUGGCAGCAGGAUUUUUGCUCUCAGCAUUGGCUCCAUCCCUGAAAGAGCACUGUGAAGCCCCAGCAUUGGGCCGUAGCAAUCUGCUCCUGCCUAGUAACGGGGUCACUCCUUGUUUUUUGAUUGGCUCGAGCCCUUUGAAAGGUUCGACCAAUAUCCCCAACGGAUACUCCCCCCGCCCCCUUUCACAAUAUCUCCCACCUAAUUGGCCUCUGCGCCCCAGAGGCGUGGCUAAGCCCUCCUCCCUUGCCCUGGAAAGGCCCAGGGCCUUCCAUUCACCUUCUGUACACUACUGGGGGGUGGCGCCUUUUCCUAAUGACUGACAAUUUGCCCUUCCUCAGGGAUGGCCCGCUCUCCUUUCUGACACCUCCUGUCAUUGGUUCCAUCCCACAACAGCCUGUCAAUCGAAACCCGUCCUUGCACCAGCUCCCGCCUCUUCUGCCCCCCCACCUCCACAGGUGCCUUAAAGGGCCCUUGUCCACCCAAGGUGGGGGGCAGGGGGCCUCACUCUCCGGCCCUGGUGUGGGGGAGAGAAUGGGGGUAGGGGUCGGAAGUUAGGAGGGCACUCAAAAUAAAAGAGUUUUACCUCUGACAAA